AUGCCACAGAACGCAGACUGGGAUACCAACCCUGAGCUGGAGAGUGCCGUAUGGCAGGCCACACAAAGACUUCCGCCAGCGAUGUCUAAAAAGAUGUACGGCUUCAUGAAGCGGACGUGGGCCACGGCACUUGCCAAGCUGCGCAAAGAUGACAGAGCGCCGAAUCGACCAGAGGAUCGCCGAACCCACUUCGUCAAGGCGUGGAUUUCCGACACGCUCUGGAGACUUUACCAAGCCGGUGACAACUGGUCGGCCGAUCCAGCCAGCAUGGGCAUCGACACCUCCGAGGCAGAGGACAUCUUCAGCAGAGUCCUUUCGAAGCCUCGUGUGCUUCCCGACGAGGCAGGGGGGCGCUUGCCUGUGCCCCCUCGACAAUGGCAUGUGGUGACUCAGACCGUCGAGGACACCUUCGAGGAGUUGUCCGAGGCUAGAGUUGCGGACACCGCGGACGGCAAGAAAAAGAAACGACCAGCGAAGCCGAAGCCUAUCAGAGGCUACAAGCCCGAGCCUGCCCGGACCUAUGCUGCUUCCUCGCACGAGUCUUGGAAUGCCAAAGCCGACAUACCGUUCUGGGCGAGGAAGAUGUGGGACCGAGACAACGACACAGCUCCUCAGCGUUGGCAAGGAGAGGACCAGAGCAAAGACUCUGGAGUGAAAGGCAAGGGCAAAGACAGAGGCAAGGACAAAGCAAACGAGAAAUACGAGAAUGGCAAGGACAAAGGCAAGGGAAAGGGAAGAGGCAAAGACAAGGGCAAGGAUUUCCAAGAGCGGUGCAAAAGCGCUUCUCCUUUGCGGCCUUGCUCCAGGUCACGAAGCCGCGAGGACAGGCUCGGAGGGCCGGGCAAGCUCGUUCUACAUCGAAGCCGUUCCUGGGGAGGUCGGGAACGGAGCCGACGAAGAUUCCCUGUGGGGAGAAUGCCUUACUUUGAUGGAGGCAGCCGGCACCGAACUUCGCGAAGCAGGCGCCGAGAUCGGCACCGAGGAGGCCGGCGGCGGACGUCAAGGAGGUCCCGGGCACCGCGCUCCGGCGGGCGAACUGCCCGGGAAGAUGCUCGGCGGGUUAAACUCCCGGAGUCUCGACGGAGCCGAAGUGCGAAGCGAGGCUUGCAAUCUUUCGGAUCGCACCGACCACCGGUGUCACCGAAGGUCGCGAGGAAAGAGGCGAGGCUUGUGGAGGCUUUAGAGCCAACCGCUCAGUGCAAGGUGAAACCUGUGAAGGAUCGCAGCCGAAGCUCCAGCUAUUCCUCCUACACGAGCAUGGAGACGAGGUGCAAGGCGGCCGCCAAGUGCAAGGCCGACGGGGACAAGGAGGAGGAGGAGGAGGAGGAAGAGAAGGAGGAGAAGGAGGAGAACGAGGAGAAGGAGGAGAGGGAGGAGAGGGAAGAGACGGAGGAGAAGGAGGAGAGGGAGGAGAGGGAGGAGAAGGAUGACAAGGAUGAGAAAGCAGAGAGGGAGGAGAAGGAUGAGGAGGAGGACAGCGAUCAUGGCGAGAAGAGCGAUCAGAAGAGCGAGGAGGCCGAGGCCGAGGAGGCCUCACCAAUAUCCGAGGCGACAAAGACGAAACGCGCGGAGCCAGCAAAGGCCAAGGCCAAGGAGUGCAGCAGCAGCGCGAGCGACUCAACAGACCGCAGCACACGUGCCAGGCGGCUGAGGCGCAAGGUGGCCGGGCACGCGAGCCAGGAGCCUCAGCCAACGGCAGCUGAGAAGAGCGAAUGCGAGAAAAGCGAGGAAGAGCAGGAUCAGGAUGCGCCUACGGCCCAAGCCGACGGAGCCCAGGAGGAGAAAGCAGGGGAUGCCGGUGAGGUCGAGGACACCGUCGACCUGGAGACGGACAUGUUCGAUGACAUCGAUGAUGAGAAGCUCAUGGCACAGCUGCAACAGGGCUUGAUGAAGGUCAAGGAAGACGAAAGUAUCCAGGACGACGCAGAGCCAGUGGAGCUCGUGGAGUGCAUCAACCGAAGAAAG